CGCAUUCGGCACGAACUUUGGCGAGGGUUUACUGGUGGCGGGUUUUUGGGCAAAACAAUAAACGGAGACGUAUUUGGUUAUCGUCUGCUGCUGUGGACAGCUGUUUUGGCGGCGUGUAGGAGAGUCCGUGUGUUAGUGUUGGAAUUUAAAUCUUAUCGUGUACGUUGUGUGGAUUUUUUUUCUCAAACGCUGCUUCUUGUUUUGGAGAUUACUUUCUAUCGUGUUUAAUAAAGGACGAGGGAAAACUAGACGAGGCGAAAAAAAAAAAUAUUUGCCGUUGAUAAAACAAGAGUCGGCUAUAGUGGGAGACAUACCUGUCACCUGUAGAGGACAGACGUAAGCCUGCUGUAACAUCCGACAGUUGGUCAUGGCUACAAGGCCUAGGGGAUACGGACUUACAGGGGAGAUAAGCAGAAAGAUAGCCAGCAAGUAUGAUGUAGGGCUGGAACAGGAGGCCAGACUGUGGAUGGAGGCAGUGUUAGGGGAACCUCUUGCACCAGAUGAAGACAGCAGUGUACCAUUAGGGAUGGACAAGUUCCAGGCCGUGUUGAAGGAUGGUGUCACUUUAUGCAAACUAAUCAACAAGAUCAAACCAGGGUCAAUGACCAAAAAAGUAAACACGUCCAAGAAAAUGCCUUUCCUACAGAUGGAGAAUGUCAGCAACUUCCUUGAAGCGUGUGAAAAAUUAGGCGUGUCCAAAACUGACCUGUUUCAAACUGUAGAUCUGUAUGAUAAAAUGAAUAUGGUCCAAGUAGUCAAUUGUAUCUUUGCUCUGGGUAGAAAGGCACAAAAAGUGGGUUAUGACGGCCCAGCAUUAGGAGCCAAAGAGGCAGAACAGAACCCCCGUAACUUCAGCCCCGAGACACUGAACGCUGGUCAGUCUGUCAUUGGGCUUCAGAUGGGCUCAAACAAAGGGGCUUCACAGGCAGGCAUGAGCUUUGGCAGGUCCAGGAGUAUAAACGAGCAUGGGAUAAAUGAUCAACCUGAAAAUAAUGUUGAUUAGAAUCUUAAAUAAUUUUAAUAUCAGAUUAGUGAAAAAUAGAGAACAUGUUGUAAUAAGUAUUAAUUUUUUUAAAUGUAGAGCUAAUAAUAAACAGUUUAAGAAACUGAUGUUAUUUAUCAAAAGAAGUGCAACAAAUUUCUAGUGCAUAAAUUAAUAUCUAAACUUAGUUAAACAUAUUUUUUAGAAAAUUAUUUAAAAGCAUUUAUUACAAGUAACAUUUGUUAUUAAUUUUCUAUAAACUAGGACUUUUUUUUUAAAGAAUUAAACCCACAAAGUACAUUUUUAAUAAUAAUAAUAAAAGUAGCCAUUUUAUUUCUAGAGAAUAAUCAUAGUUUAAUUACUAUAAGUAAUUAAUCAUUACCAUCACAAUACAUCUUUGUGUAUAUUACCUUUGUUUGCGACCCAUCUAAAUAAAUAUUAAAGCCUCUACCAGUUUGAAUUAGAACAUACACAAAUCUCUUCCUAGUUUUUAUUUUACCCAGCAUGGCAACAUACUUUUGGGCAGCUUAUUAAACACGCAGAAUAUCAUUGCUUUACCUGCUAAUUUUUUUUCUUUUCUUCUUGUAUAUCAUUGAAUGCCUAUUUUAUUAUAUUUCUAUUAAUAACCUGUAUAGGAAAUUUUAAAAAAUAACAAGAAUUUGUAUGAAAUAAGACUACAUUUUUUUUAUUCACAGAUAUUCACAUUUCUCAUACCCCCAGCAUUAUUUGUUAAUCACACAUUUGUUUAUUGAAAUGUUAUUUUUAUUUAUUCUUGAGAUGACACAUUAUUUUUUGCUUCAUUGUAUGACAACAUUUACAGCCAAUUAGCAUCUUGCUGCCCGCACAGUGUUGGAUAUGGGAGACGAGAGGUUCUGUUUAACAGUUUUUUGUGUGAUUGUAAUGUUGUCCGAUGAUUAAUGGAUGGUUAUUGCACUGAUAUGGGACAUGUGACAGAUAACAGAAGACAGUGCUGUUUCAUCCAGAACUUACAUAGUUAUUAGUUUAGUCCAUCAAAUUGAAAGAAAAAACAAGUAUUAUUAAAAACUUUAUGAAAUGUACAGAAAAUAUGAAGAAUUUGCAAGUCAAAUUUAUUUGGUGUAUUUAUUUCCUAAGGUGUAUGUUGAUGUUUUAAAACAAGAUUUUCAUUAUUUGACUAAUACAUUUAAACUUUUUUUUUUCAUUUUUUUUUAUUUCAAAUCAAAAACAGAAAUUUAAUGUUCAAAAAUUUAGAUUUUAGUUUUAAAUUAUUUUUUAACUGUCGAGAAUGUCAUUAAAAUAUAUCUUGUAAACUAUUGACCGACUAAAAGGGUAUCUCUGCAUGUAUGUACAUCUUACAUUGUGUGAAAUAUACAGAACUGGGUGACCAAAUAUCUGUUAUAACAUAAUGUACUAGUUCUGUUUCAUUCUUAUUAUAAGUAGCAUAAACAUAGAACAUAUGAAGUGGAAAUUUUGAUGACAGUUUAAUUCACCACCUGGAAGUUUAAAAUGAAAGCAGUUUCAAGCCAUUUCAGACGAGCAUAGAAUCUUUAACCUGGAGUACAUUGCCCUCUCAGCUGUUUGCAUCAUUUGAGGAAAAAGCUGGUUACUGUAUGCUGGUGUACUACUGACUUUUAACAGAAGGAAGCUGUUAGCCACUCAAUAUAGAAAUUAAGUGGGGGCUUUGUUUCAGGGUUAAGGGGCGUAAACAGCCCAGAGAUCAUUGUCUUUACUCCAUCAAAAUGUGAGGCAAGAGUUAUCUCCCUGCAGACUUAGACUACAUGGAGAUGACAAGAAAAUAUAUUACAACUUAAUAACAUUAAAGCCAACGCUACUUAAAAUAAUCUACUCUGUAAUUUCGUUUGUGAGAAGAUUUAACUACUUAUCAGCGUAAUAUAUAUUUCAUGUUUGUUAACAAAUUCUGUAGUUAUUUAGAAAAUGAGAGUCCGUUGUCUUUUCACUAUACAACUUUUUACUAAUUAUUGGGCUUAUAGAUAUUUAUUUUAGAUAAGUAACUUAAAAUUGUUAAUUCACAUUACUUUAAUGCUUGCAGUAUUAGAAAUAUAGCUGCAUUAUAUUUUUUUUUCUUUAGUAGAACUUUAGAACAUUUUUUUUGCUGACAAAUUAUUUGGGUUAUAUUUCAUCAUGGGCUUUUUUAUACUAACCAUUCAAUAAUUUUAGGGAAAUCUUUUAGUUUAGGCUUCACUUCCUUUCUGCAUAGCCCAUGUAAUCACACACCUAAUUUUUGAUGAACUG